UGGACUGAGAUCACCUGGCAUUACUUGCGUUCUCGAUCAGACCACCACAUAUAAAGGGCGUCCGGCCCACAACCCCUUACCACCACAACCAUGGCCUCCGCCCUCUUCUUCCUCGACCUCAAGGGCAAGACGCUCCUAGCCCGCAACUACCGCGGAGACAUCCCCAUGUCCAGCGUGGAAAAGUUCCCAAUCCUCCUCUCCGAAGCCGAAGAAGAAUCCUCCUCCGUCCCACCCUGCUUCUCCGACGAAGGCAUCAACUACCUCUACAUCCGACACAACAACCUCUACCUCCUCGCCUUGACAAAACGCAACAGCAAUGCUUCGGAAAUUCUCCUCUUCCUACAUCGAGUGGUGGAGGUGUUCACGGAGUACUUCAAGGAAUUGGAGGAGGAGUCGAUCCGGGACAACUUUGUGGUGAUUUACGAAUUGCUGGAUGAGAUGAUGGACUUUGGAUACCCGCAAACGACAGAGAGCAAGAUCUUACAGGAAUACAUCACGCAAGAGUCGCACAAAUUGGAGGUCAAGGCGUCGGUACCGAUUGCAGUCACGAAUGCUGUGUCAUGGCGAAGUGAAGGUAUUCGGUACCGGAAGAACGAGGUGUUUUUGGAUGUGGUGGAAAGCCUCAAUUUGCUGGUCAGCAGUACAGGGAAUGUGUUGCGGUCGGAGAUCUUGGGUGCUGUCAAAAUGAAGUGUUACUUGUCGGGUAUGCCGGAGUUAAGACUAGGCUUGAACGACAAAGUCAUGUUCGAGACCACUGGGCGAGCGACAAGAGGAAAGGCAGUGGAAAUGGAGGACGUCAAAUUCCACCAAUGCGUGCGAUUAUCACGGUUCGAGAACGACCGAACGAUCUCGUUCAUCCCGCCGGACGGAGAAUUCGAGCUCAUGUCAUACCGACUGAACACACAGGUGAAGCCGUUGAUCUGGGUGGAGUGUAUAGUGGAGAGCCACUCAGGGAGCAGAAUCGAGUACAUGCUCAAGGCAAAAGCACAAUUCAAACGCCGCAGCACAGCCAACAACGUCGAAAUCUCCAUCCCCGUCCCCGACGACGCCGACACCCCCCGUUUCCGCACCAACAUCGGCAGCGUGCACUACGCGCCCGAAACCUCCUCCAUCGUCUGGAAGAUCAAACAGUUCGGCGGACAGAAAGAAUUCCUCAUGCGUGCUGAGCUCAGCUUACCUUCUGUCAAAGGCGACGAAGAGCGCGGUGGUGGAAUGAUGGGAGGGUUCGGAGGUAGCAUGGGUGGCGUGGGCGGUGCGGGGAAGGGGAAGAGGCCGAUUCAGGUCAAGUUUGAGAUUCCGUAUUUCACGACGAGUGGGAUUCAGGUGCGAUAUUUGAAGAUUAUUGAGCCGAAGCUGCAAUACCCUUCACUGCCGUGGGUGCGGUAUAUCACGCAAAGCGGUGAUAUUGCAGUAAGGCUGCCUGAUGUGCAAUGA